GUACUUCCGGUCAACAAGAAGAGCGCGUUCAUCGACGUGCUUCGAGUAAAUACAAGGAUUUCAUUCAGAAUUUUGUUCAUGUUAUGAUAUCCAGGAAUAUAUGAGCCCACACCACCAUGCAAGGCUAUCAGCAUGGUCAAGGUCAGUGGCCAGGAGGUUAUGACAAAGGUGUGUCUAUGAUCAAACAAAGUGGAAGGGCACCUGAAAACACACCUGAAUGGUACAGAGAGAAGGAAACAGAUUCCCCCAGGAUGAGCAUGGUAACCCAUGCAUUGAAGUCCCUGCAAGACAUGCGUGGUGGUCAGAGUGGGAAGCGCCCUGCAGAGGGCUUGAGGGGAGAUUUUAGUGGACAUGGUGGAGUUCCUGAUGUCAAGAGGUCACGUUAUGACUCAGGAGGUCCACGAGAAUCGAUGAAUCAAGAUCAGAAUGACAGCUGGAGGUGUACCAAGUGUAACAGUAAGAACAUUGAAGGAAGAAACUAUUGCAUCCAUUGCUACUCAUCUCGGGAAGUUGCAGAGCUACAAUCCAAGAGUCAUGCAAAGGUGGAUGACGAGAAGGCCUGUACGCUCUACGUGUUUGACCUCCUGCUGACAACAACAACGUCUGAUCUGUUCAAGUACUUCUCCCAGUGGGGAGGCAUGAUUGAUGUCUACGUAAAGAUAAGAGAUGAUGGAAUUUCUUCAGGAAAAGGCCUUGUACAGUACAGGCGCCGAGAAGAUGCUCAGGCUGCUCUAGCUGCUUGUCCGCACAUCAUCCAGAAGAAACAAAUUCUUGUCUCGGACAAAAAGGGGGGAGAUCCAUGGAAAAGAAGAGACGAUAUGGACAAGCACAAACUGUAUGUGACCAACAUACCCCUUGAUGUGACUCAGGAUGAACUGUUUCAGUACUUUUCCCGGUGGGGAACCAUAUUCUCCUGUGAAAUAGUGGAAACAGAGCGUUCCAGAACCAAUAAGAUUGCCUUUGUUUCCUACACCAAUGAAGGAGACGCUCUGAAAUGUCUGCAGUCAAGUCACCAUUUGCGAAACAUGGAGCUGUCUGUACGUGUGUCGGUCAAGAGCAAAUCUAUGAUUAAAGAUGCAAAAGUUCCAGAUCGAAGGAAAACAGCAGCUGCUUUAGCAUCUUUGGAGAGCCACAAGCUGUUAGCGACCAACGUCCCUCCUGACGUGACUGAAGACGAACUGUUUCAGUACUUUUCCAUGUGGGGAAAAUUAUUCUCCUGCGAAAUAAUAAAAAACAAAGAGCGUUCCAGAAUCAGAAACAAAAACAGUAAGCUUGCCUUUAUUACCUACACCAAGGAAGAAGAUGCUCUGAAAUGUCUGCAGUCACGCCACAAUUUGCGAGACAGGGAACUGUUUGUACAUGUGUCGAGCAAGAGCAAGUCUAUGAUGAGAGCUGCUGAAGAUCCAAAGAAAGUAGCAUCUGCAAUAGCAUCUCUGGAGCUCUCAUUGAUCACGCUGUUUGUGUGCAACAUUCCCACUGACGUGACCUCAGAACAACUGUUAGAGCACUUCGCCAAGUGGGGGAAUAUCUAUGCAUGCAGAAUAGGAGGAAAUUAUGGCCGAAACAAUAACUUUGGCUAUGUUUGCUACAACAAGAAAGAAGAUGCUAUGAAAAGUCUGAAUGAGCCUCACAUUCUGAAAGACCAGAAGCUGUUUCUGCGCGUGUCGGACACAGUCAAACCUAUAAAUACAGAUUCAAAAGUUCCAGAUCGAAGGAAAACAGCAUCUUUGGAGAGGAUUAAAGAUGCAAGAGUUCCAGAUCGAAGGAGAAUAGUAGCUGCUUCAGCAUCUUUGCAGAGGAUUAAAGAUGCAAGAGUUCCAGAUCGAAGGAGAAGAGAAGCUGCUUCAGCAUCUUUGGAGAGGAUUAAAGAUGCAAGAGUUCCAGAUCGAAGGAGAAGAGAAGCUGCUUCAGCAUCUUUGGAGAGGAUUAAAGAUGCAAGAGUUCCAGAUCAAAGGAGAAGAGAAGCUGCUUCGGCAUCUGAAGAGUCGUCACUGAAGAUCAAGCUGUAUGUGUCCUACAUACCUGCUGGUGUGACUUCCAACGAACUGUUGAUGCACUUUUCCAAGUGGGGGAUAAUCCUCAAAUGCACAGUAGAAGGACUUAUUGGGCGAGACAAUGGCUACGGCUAUGUUUGCUACAACAGUGAAAGAGAUGCUCUGAAAUGUCUGAAUGAGCAACACUAUAUGCAAGGAAGGAAGCUGAGUGUACGUGUGUCAGACGAAAGCAAAUAUAUGAUUGAAAAUGCAAAAGAUCCAAAGAAAACAGCAGCUGCUUCAGAAUCUCCAGAGUCCUCACAGAAGAUUACACUGUUUGUAUCCAACAUACCUCCUGAUGUGACUUCCGAUGACCUGUUAAGGCACUUCUCCAAGCAUGGGAAAGUCAACAGCUGCAGAAUAGUUGGAAAAAUUGGAAACAAGGACACAAAGUAUGGCUUUGUUUCCUUCAACAAUGAUAAAGAUGCUUUUAGAUGUCUGAAUGUGACUCACAAACUGAGAAACAACUGGAAGCUGCAUUUACGGGUGUCAGACAAAAGCAAACCUCGGGACAAAACUGCAAUAGAUACAAAGAAUAUGUCAGCUGUUCAAAAGAAAAACUUAAACCGUCGCCUUUUUGUGAACAAUGUGUCUGCCGCGACCACCCUGAAAGAGGUGUACGACUACUUUGUGAAAUGGGGUGAACUGUCUUACUACGCACUCAGACCAACUGCCACAAAUAAGCUGAUUGCGUUUGUAACCUAUGCGGACAUGGAGAAUGCUUUGCAAUGCUUGAAUGCCGUUCACUUUCUGAAUGGCAAUUAUUUGUAUGUGCAUUGCGUCACUAAAGACAUGCAGGAACCACCAAGAGCUUCCGACUUGUGUAAGUCUGAUGUCUCCCGGGAUGCUUCUGCUAUACCUGCCAGAUCUCCCCAGGGUGCUCCUGCUGUACCUGCAAGAUCUCCCCAGGGUGCUCCUGCUAGACCUGCCAGAUCUCCCCAGGGUGCUCCUGCUGUACCUGCAAGAUCUGCUGGACCCUCCAGUCCUAGACAGACAUCUGAAACCUUUCCAUCUUGGAGGGAACAAAGACACUGUGAAACUGUCCAACCACAAAGAUUCCCUGAAACUUUCAAAUCACAGAGAUUGCAUGAAGUUAGUCAUCCACAAGAUGCCAUGGAGCCACAAAGGUUGCCUGAAGAUGUGUCACGAAGGAUGCCUGAACAUUUCCAGUCACAAAGAUUGCCAGAAACCUUCCAGUCACGUAGGAUACCUGAAGAUAUACAUCCACAAAAGUUACCUGAAGUGUACCAGCCAAGGUUGUUGCCUGAAGAUGUCAAGCCAAGAAGGCAGUCCAGCCCAGAACAUUUUGUUCCAGGUUUGACACCAGCAGACAGUGUCUCAGGCACACCACCAAAUAUUCCAUUAGGAACUGAAUAUGACUGCAAUGUUUCUGGAUGUUUCUAUAAAGGAACAUCAUUGCAGUUUGAGCGUCACUGGACAGAGCGACAUGAAGCAAAGGUUGUCGAUCUCAUCUGUCCAUUUUGUAGUAUGGGAUGUGUGGACGCAGAUGAUUUUUGUGAACACCUGGAUUUCUUUCACGGGAUCGAGGACAAAAUAGAAAUGUCAAAAUUCUUACAGAUGGCUAAACGACAGGAGAGAGAUAACAUUCACUUUGUCAUGCCAGGCAAUGUGACAAAGGAAAGCUGUAUGAGAGUUGCACAGCCUGUUCAACAUGAACCAACCAGAUUAAAAGCACCACCCCAACAAAAGACAGAUGCUGGAGAAUGCACGUUUACUGGCACUAUGGAUGAGUCCCUUAACCACUGGAACAAAAACCAUGUUUUUGAACUCAUUCACCUUAGGUGUCCAAUAUGCCCUAAAACAUUCAAGAAGGAAGCAUCUCUUAAAUUUCAUAUCAAACAUGUACAUCCGACAAUAGAGAUGUAUUCCGAAAAAGAACCAGAAGAUCUUGAGGCUUACUUUGAAGAGUCUCAGAACUUUAAUCUCGGAAGUAGUCAGAAUGAAACUGCUUUUCAUGAUUUGCAAAGAGAAGUACCCAAAUCCCGUACACCCACACAAACAAUUUCAGAUGUGUGUUCAAGAAGUAUUCAUGAUGGAAACAGGUCUACACAGACAAAGCCCACAGCUUCAUCCAGUCCACCAUUGCAGUCUGGCCAGAAUGUGCCAAGGCCCAACUUGGUACCCAGCUUGCCAACCCAGCAGCCUGUUCCCAGACUUGAUCCACCACCUCUGGCAACCCAUGUGCCACUUCCUCCACUACAGCUUAUUCAGUCUCAACAAAAAAUUGUCAGUGCUCCGCCAUUGAUGGACAGACACCCAGUCCCACCUCCUACAGAUAUACCCACCAAACAAGCAGUUCCUUUACUUGGGGUUGUAACACCCUUCUAUCCCUCAACAUCUGUCCCAAACCCUGUGCCACCUUGUGUAAGACCUUCAGUCUCAACGCCUCAACCCGCUGCUGCAAGUCCAUUUGAUCCACCAGCAUCUCCUCAGCCAUCUGUUACUGGGAUUGCAAAUACCUUUAGUCAAAAACCGGUGGCAGCUGCUUCAGGGCCUGAUGUGAGUGUUCAACCACACCAACCUCCUGCAUGCUAUUCCCAAACUGGACUUCAACCCCAAGAAAGUGCACAAUCACAUCAAGCUCCAAUAAUAGUUCCACCACAACCCCAAAUUGGUGCUCCAGUAGUAGAAGAUAUACAGGAAAAGUCUUCAAAAGAGGAGGAAUCCCAGAGUGAACCAAAGGUAACUGACAUAACAGCAAGUGCUGAAUUGAAAAGAUCUCUGCAGCCUGGUUCCGUUCUUGCUCUGAGACCAGAAUGGACAAAGACAUUGAAGGUUACACGCCCCGAAACAACAACUCUUGACAAAACUGAUUCUAUGAAAAAGAAGAGCUUCACAGCCCCAAGUAUAGAGACUCCAAAGUUCGAUGGAACAGACCCAGAUAGUGUCCGAAAGUUCUUACUUUGGAAUCAUAUAAUGAUGGAAAGAUUAGAGGAUGCUCAUAUUAAAGUAAGAAGAAGGCUUGAAGCAGAUGUGGAAGAAAGUGAUGAUGAUGAUAAAGAGCAUCUUCAGCAAAGGAAAGAUAACCGUGGUGUGGCAAGGGAAGUAUUUCAGCAAAGGACAGAUGGCCAUGGUCGGUCAAGGAAAGAAUUUCAGAACAGGAGAGAUUGGAAUGUGGAAAAAGAGGAACAUGUGGAAGUGUACGUGGAUGAAUUUGGGAAUGAAGAUGAAGAAUAUGCUCUGGCCUAUGUGGAUGAAGAUGGAGUUCAUGUGAUGGAUGAUGGUUUUGUGAUGGGAGAAGGAGGUCCUGUUAAAAAGGGAGAGAGAAUAGGUGAUGAAACUAGUGACAUGUAUCAUGGAAUAGACCAGGGGUCAAGGAGCAAUAGAAUCAGGGAAGAGUCAAGAAGUCAUGGUCAGAGGGGCUAUGGAGGAGGAGAAACAAGAAGUGGUCACAAAAAUCUUGAUGAAAGAGACAUGCAGAUUUACAAGAGAGGACAAGAGGAGUACAUUGAGGACGAUAGAUUUUCUGAGGAAGAGUAUUUAGAAUAUAGAGAGGAUGACAGAAUUAGUAUCAGUAGGAGAAACAGCAGUCACAGCAUGAGGAAGAAUGAGGAUAGAAGGUCACAAAGGUUUAAGGAGCAAGACUCUGUCUUGGAUGGAAGAAGACAUUUUAGCCCUCCCCUUAGCAGGUGCAUUGAAGGACGGGAAGAUGAAUUUGAGGCCUUUGAAGUUUCUGAUGAGCUCUUUGAUGAAGGUCAUGAACGUUUUGUUGAAGAGGCAGAUAAACAAGGAUCCAUUGCACAUGGCAAAAGUUCCAAAACAGAUGGAUCAGUGAGAAGGAGUGGUAAAGAAGGAAAGAGAGGUGGAGGAAAGGACAUAGUCUAUGUUGGUACCACAAAAUCUCGAAAGAUGCGUAGCAAGUGGACUGAUGAUGAAGAUGAUCAUGAGCAUUCAGCAAAGGAUAAAGGUACUUGUAUCAAAGAUAAGAAUGGAAAGUUUCAGAAUAGACACUUCAUGGGAGGUAAAACUCAGGGAGACAAGGAUAACAGCUCCAAGACAAAGGGUCAGAGCUUGAAGAAUAAGGAAGUCACCUCGGAGCAGGUCAGCAGAGGUAACAACAAGGAAAGCAAAGGUGGCGAUAACACUGAGGGAAACGAGGGGAAGCAAUUGGAACAGGAAGAUGAUGAUAUCAGCGAGGGUGAUUUCAGUGGAGAUGGUAGCAUCUGUGACAUGGAUGACUUUGACAUGGAUGACAUUGACAUGGAUGACAUUGACAUGGAUGACUUUGUUAUCAAGGAUGCAGUGUGAAUUGGAAACUCUUUAGCUAAUUAUCAUGAAGAUACAUGCCUUUUGUAAAGGGCAUAUGUCUUUAGCUAUAUAGCCCAGAAGGCAAGCUGGUAGAAGUGAGGGUGUUCUCAGUGGAGAUGGUAGCAUCGAUAAGUUUGACAUGGAUGUUGUGUAAAUUAUAAACUUUGUUGAUAAUCAUUAAGAAUAUACAUGCUUUUGGAAGGAGCAGAUGUUUGUACUCCUAUACCCAGGAGAACAAGCUGUUGGUGAUCCAACGUCACUUCUUUCCUUUGUGUGCUGAGGUAAACAUCAAAACCUAAUGUUUGGUGGUUUUCUGCUGGAUCAUGGUACAGAAAUCCAUUCUCACAAUUUCUUUACUCAUUCAGGAUUUGUCAGACGUAUGUUACUUUUAUUCAGAAAUCUAUAUUGCCACAUCCAUAAUUGAUGUUAUGCUAGACUGACAAGGCAAAUAACUGUAGAAAGUUGUAUUUUUGAUUUUGCAUCAUCAUUUCAGCCCUACCCCUUGUUCUUCUGAUGGACAGCAUUUUAGUGAUUGUAUCUUUGUAAGAUUUGUUUAUAUGUUAUUUCACAUUUUGAUAUACAAUGUGUUAUGCAUUUCUUUAUAACCUGCUGCUCUUAAGUACUGCAAGGUUGCAUCCUCUGUGUCAGUGGUUCAAUUAUGAUCCUUGGCCUGUCAACACAAUACCUGUGGGCUUCUAUGUGCUUCAUAGGCACGCCUCCCACUUAACAUGCUAUGAUAUAACUGAAAUACUCUUCAAAGAAAUGCACCACUUGCUUUUAUUUUUUUACGGUCUCUUUUUCAAGAUUUUGGUCACUAAAUUAAGUGAGUGUAAAGGCAGAUGACUCUGGCUGCCUUGUUAAAUGUGAAAUUACCUCCCUUUUUCACAAUCACAGAAUUCAUACCUCCAAGAGCUGGAAAGGAGUUGUAAUUGUGUUAAGUGUCGACUUCACAAUUGAUACAAUAAAUUAAACCAGAAAUCUAGAUCUAAGAGAAUUCACUGUGAAACCAACAAAAAACAAAGAAUUGUUAUACAAUAAACAAUUGCAGUACAAUAUGAACUAGGACGACAUGGACAAUAAUUUACGAGGAAUGACGGAUUAUAUGUCCCAAGUGAAAUUAAAGAUGUUGUUUCAACAUUAAUUUCACGAUGGACAAAAAAUCUGUCAUUCCUCAUCACGAGUAGUUUCUUGUUUUUUACUCAUCAUCAGCUUAUGAAUAACAAGCUGUAAAGAAAGAGGGGAAGUUGCAUUUCACCAUAUUCAUACGCAUGUGAAAAACAGCAUCAGAUUUGUGCUUUUUUACCUGAUCACAUACAGUCUACACUCAACACUUAGAUUCUACAAAUGCGAAAUAGUUAUUUUGAGCGGCCUUAAUUCUUUGACAAUUUAAGCAAUAUAUAAUGAAUUUGGGAGAUAAAUAUGCAUUUUGAUUCAUUUAUAAUUGUACAACAAUGAAUUUAAAAUGACUUGGCAUUGGUGUUAAUGCAAAAUUCAAACCUGUGUUAACAGUGUGCCAUUAUUCGCCUCAAAGUCACGAGCUCUCAUGACUACGAAAAAAAACCAACUGGUUUGGCUAUUCUCAACAAAAACAAUCUGUGUAAACUAAUUCUACAAAAAGUAAGGUUUUUUUGACAGACUCUUUCAAGUGAGCAUAUAUCUAACUUUGUCUUUUCGUUGUCUUUUAAACUCUCGCCCACUGUCAUAGAAUUUGUUUUAAACCGUGACAAUGCUAUUGUUUCAUUGUAAGGUAUCCCAAUGAGUUGGGUUUUUUAAUACUUUCUUGAAUGUCUUUCAUUUAGUUUAAAACGAGGUACUUGUGCUAAAACUGCUCAGUGGCUAUGUUAUGUUCGGUAUUCUUCCAACCAAAUUUCCUUCAAUCUUAAUCAGAGUUUCACUUUUAUCGGGAACAGGAAUGUUGACAUUGUUGUUUACAUGUAGGGAAAGCGGAUGAUUUAGUCAAUCAGAUUUUCACUUCUUACAAAUCUUAAUUAGUUUUUAUGAUUUGACUAGUCCAUUAUCAUAAACAUCAUGUGUGAACGAUAUUUUAUUUGGAUUAAUAACAAAUAUUUUAGAACACCUUAUGUUGCAGAUUUUACAUGACAAACCUCAUAUAUCAUUUGUGGAAAAUGACAAAUGAGAAAAAGUAGUUCCAUCAAUGUGUCAUUAACCAAUGAAGUUACAGGCAAUUGGGAUCGAUGACAUGUAUCAACCAAGUCAGCGAGCCUGACCACCCGAUCCCGUUCGUCGCCUUUUACGACAAGCAUAGUUGCCUUUUACGGCAAGUAUGGGUUGCUGAAGACCUAUUCUACCCCAGAAUCUUCACGGGUCCUGUAGCAACUAGCAUUGACAAAGGAAUUCAGAACAUUCAGAUAGCACUGACUAAGGAAUUCAGAACAUUCAGAUAUGACACCACCAGUUUAAAAUCGGCAUCCCCAUCAUCAUCAUCAUCAUCAUCAUCAUCAUCAUCAUCAUCAUCAUCAUCAUCAUCAUCAUCCAAUCUAUUCAUUCUUCUAAUACAGUACUUAUUAAAGAAAUCAGGCUAAUAUUUCCCGUGUCAAGGUAAAAGUUUGUUGUUUUAGUUGAUUUCCAAGAGUUUACACCCUAAGGGCUGUGGUCAUUUUAAAGAAAUCACUCAAUUAAUUGACGGUUUUAGAAACUGACAUGAGUUUUAUUUCUGAAAAGAAGAAUUAAAGAUCUUGAUGGUGUUUUUCUUUCAUUCCAGAAUUAACAUUUACAGAUUUGCAUUUGUAAACAAAGUAACUAUAAAAACAACUCCUAAACAACUUCAGUUCUUCUUUCUGCAUUGUGAAUACCUCAUUGGUGUAGUGGAUAGAGCAUAUACAUCAUUGAUCAGUGGUUCGGAUAGUGUCUGCCCAGCGUCAGGAAGGUUGGUGUUUGUUACCCUACCUGGUGCUUAGCAUUAAGGGAAUAAUAGAAGGACAGGUGGGCUCAGAGUCUGUAUACUGUGUCUGAGUGGAGUGUCCAUGUGGUAUGGUUUUUCUGUGGGAUAGCACUAUAAAGUCAGCAUUAAAGUCUGGACUCUCUCUCUCUCUCUCUCUCUCUCUCUCUCUCUCUCUCUCUCUCUCUCUCUCUCUCUCUCUCUCUCUCUCUCUCUCACUCACUCACUCACUCACAUGACAAUAUUCUUAAGUUUCUUUUAAACUGAUACAUGUCUUACACUGUCAGUUAUUCAUAUAAAUAUGCAACAACCUCAAGGUUUUGGGAUUUGCUCUAUUAGUCUUUGACUAUAUGUCCUUGUGAUUAUGUUUAUGUACUCUACUCUAAUUUCCUAGAUAUACUAAAAGAGAUGAGAAUAUUAUGUGUGUAUAUCAUCAAGUUUAUCAUGGAUGGUUUGUUUGUAAUUCAUACGAGCUAUGUUGGCGAUAACACACCCCUUGUUUCAUGCUGCUGUUGACAUUGAACUCUCCAGAUAAAUAACAAUUCACAGAUACCCUUGAUCUGUUCUCAUGGAGAGACUUUAUAGUUAAAUAAAAUAUACCCUUCA